UAUUGAAUAAUAUAUUUCAGGAAUUAUAAAAUGCCUUUUUAAUUAAGAUAGUCUAGUAUAGUGUAGUUCAACGUUCAUGUGAUCUAUUUAACAAGAAAAUGUUCCGAAUAGUUUUAUUUGUUCUUCCUGUUCUUCUGGUUUCUGGAGAUGAACAUGAUCAUGUUUACAAGGAUAACGAGGAAGUUGUUCUGUGGAUGAAUACAGUUGGUCCUUACCAUAACAGACAAGAAACAUAUGGAUACUUUACUCUUCCUUUCUGCCAGGGACCUAAACCUUCAAUAGAUCACUACCAUGAAACACUAAGCGAAGCUCUCCAAGGAACGGAAUUGGAGAUCAGUGGUCUGGAAAUAGAUUUCAAGUCUGAUAGCUCGAAGACUCCGUACUGCAAGAUAACCUUGGAGGACAAAUCCUUAAAAGCUUUGCUCUACGCAGUCAAGAACCAUUACUGGUAUCAAAUGUAUCUAGAUGAUCUGCCCAUCUGGGGUAUAGUUGGAGAGAUAGAGGAUAAGGAGAAUGCCUACUAUAUCUGGACGCAUAAGAAGUUUGAGAUUGGAUACAAUGGAAACCAGAUAGUGGACGUGAAUCUGACAAGUGAGGGUAGAUCCAAGCUGCAGUUGGGAAAUUCUAUCGAGUUUACCUAUGAAGUCAGCUGGAAGAAAUCUAAUGUUAAGUUUGAGGACCGGUUUGAUAAAUACCUUGAUCCUACCUUCUUCCAGCACAGGAUUCAUUGGUUCUCCAUCUUCAACAGCUUCAUGAUGGUCAUCUUCCUGGUUGGAUUGGUGACUAUGAUUCUUAUGAGAACUCUGCGUAAAGAUUAUGCAAGAUACAGUAAAGAGGAGGAUAUGGAUGAUAUGGAGAGAGAUCUAGGAGAUGAAUAUGGAUGGAAGCAGGUUCAUGGUGAUGUAUUCCGUCCUGCAGCCAGUCCUCUCCUAUUCUCCUCUCUCAUCGGUUCAGGUGCUCAGCUGUGUUUAGUUAUUCUUCUAGUUGUAAUCUUUGCAAUACUUGGAGAACUAUAUACAGAGAGGGGAAGUAUGCUGUCCACAGCAAUAUUUGUUUUUGCAGCUACUGCGCCGGUCAACGGGUACUUCGGGGGCAGUCUCUAUUCCAGGAUGAGCGGUAAGUCCUGGUUAAAGCAGAUGUUUAUGUCUGCGUUCCUGGUUCCAUCAAUGGUGUGUGGAACAGCGUUCCUGAUUAACUUUAUCGCAAUCUACUACCACGCUAGCCGGGCUAUUCCUUUUGGAACUAUGAUUGCUGUAUCCUGUAUCUGUAUCUUUGUAAUCCUUCCCUUAAAUCUUGUCGGAACUGUUCUUGGCAGAAAUUUGGCUGGAAACCCAGACUUCCCUUGCAGAGUGAACGCUGUCCCCCGACCUAUCCCUGAGAAGAAAUGGUUUAUGGAGCCCCUAGUCAUAAUCCUCCUGGGGGGCAUCCUUCCCUUCGGGAGCAUCUUCAUAGAGAUGUACUUUAUCUUUACUUCAUUCUGGGCAUACAAGAUCUACUACGUCUACGGGUUCAUGCUGCUAGUAUUUUUGAUCCUUCUGACGGUGACUGUGUGCGUAACUAUUGUUUGUACUUACUUCCUUCUCAAUGCAGAGGAUUACAGGUGGCAGUGGACCUCCUUCUUAGCCGCAGCGUCCACCUCCGGCUAUGUUUACUUCUAUUCAUUCUACUAUUUCUUCUUCAAAACAAAGAUGUACGGAUUGUUCCAGACUGCGUUCUAUUUUGGAUACAUGGCCAUGUUUAGCCUAGGCCUGGGACUUGUCUGUGGAACAGUAGGAUAUCUGGGCAGCAGUCUGUUCGUCUGGAAAAUCUACGGAACCGUCAAAAUUGACUAAAUUUAAAUUUUUAACAUUUUAUUCGACAGAAGAGGUUCCCUUGUAUUUAUUUCAGAUUUAAGUACAAAAACAAAAAUUUUAUUAGGUAUUCAGUCGGCGUUGUUAUGGGAAGCUUGUAAUAUGUUUUAAGAACUGGUUCUCAAUUUGUAUACAUUCAAAACUUACUAAUCACGUAAAAAUCUAAAUCGGGUUCCUUAGCUCAAUUAUUCUUACAUGUUUGUUGCUUUUUCCGAAUUAUUUAGAAGAAAGCUAUUCAUUGAUGAAGAACAGCAUUAUUUUAAUAACUUUGACGAGUGUUUUUGUGAAAGUACACAGGAACCAAUUUCCGCCAAAAAAUCCAAUUUUUAACUUAACUACCCCUCCCCCCCUUCUUAUAUAAUAGCCUAGUUAACACAUUCCAUCUGCAAUGUCGAAACAUUGUAAAAAAAAUUCUUGCAAUUUUUCCUAUUUGUCGGAAGCACUUUGACUUUAUGUUAACAUUUACCUAUUAGGUUUGUAUUUCCAUUAGUUUUCUAGAACAUACGCGUAACAGCUGUUUUUCAAUUUAGAAAGAAACAGUUGCUGCCUCAAUCGAGUCAGAUAAAAAUUGAUCGAAUAAUAUUGUGAAAGAAUUCAUUAUUUCAUUUUUGUUUGUACUGCAGUCUCAUUUCAGUAACUGUACGUUUAGUAGAACACGUAUUAUUAAUUUAAGAAGAUUUGGAUUAGACCCAACAAAUCCCCUAAAUUUGACGCACAAGUGUACGAUAACGAUAUGUAUUGAUUGUGUUAGUUUUGCGGAUUUUUCCUGAAUGAAUUUGCGGAGUUGAUAUGUACUAUGUUCAUAGACUACAGAGCUAAUGCAAUUACUACUUUUUUCAUUCUUUGUAAUCUUUGAAUUGAACAUUUUUUGGAUUUCUCUUUUCCAUUUAAUUACACUUAGUUCUGUGAUAACACUUCUAGAUAUGCAUCAUAACCAGUUAAAAGUGUAAUAACCGUUGUAAUCAUGUAAUUAUAAAUUGUAACUAAAA